AUGGCGACACAAGAGGCGCCUUGGAGGUUGGCCAGGAAAGCUGUCUUAGUCCAUGCUCCAGACCUCGACAACGUCGGCUGUCUUGCUCAUGUGAACAUUAGCUACAACAAGAUGCUGCAGGAAGGUUACAUCGCCAUCAAAGUCAACCUCAGACUUGCCGGAUCCAACAACGAACAUCAGACGAUUCAUUUAAACAUUCUUCCUAGAACGAUCAAUGCAUGUUCGGUUACUUCAUCUAGCUACAAGAACCUGCUCCCGAACAAGUUGUUGACUAAGCUACACGGAGCGAAGGAAGCAUCCGAUGCCACUACCUUGUCAUUGAAUCUCAAGGAGCCUGGUAUUAUUCUCGUUCCACCCGGACUGUCAGAGUCUAUCAGUCCUGCCGAUCCGAGAGAUGAUGACUUUUAUGCUAUGUCGCAGAUAAGCCAGGCAAUAAGUAUUCGUCUUCAUUACAUCAAGCAGGAUCUCCCUAGAGACGGCAAGCUUCGCCUCCAAACCUUUGCCUCCGCGUUGAAUAAACACGCAUUAAGUGCGCCAAUCAUGAAUUAUAAUCAUCUUAAUGCAGGAAUCGGCGCACAUGAGAGGAAUUGGACUGUGUUCGACCAGCCGCCCCCAAUACCCACCUACAACCAAGUCAUCCUACCUAGUACCAUCCUUGGAAAGCGUUCACGAGGUCAAGACGCAGCACCUGACAUGAUCUCACGUACUCCUUGCUCUUCCCCACCACCGUGGUCUCCAACAGAAGUCUGCUCUUCCUUCGAAGUCGAUAUUCCCACUGAAGCAGGUGUUCUCGCCGGUGCCAGCACUGGCCUGGCAAUUGAGACGCCUAUAAAAGCCAGACAACUCGCCCGUCACGACUUCCCUACUGGAAGCGAGCUCCAUGAGACUCAAUCAACAUCAACCAUUGCGUCACCGGCCAGGUCCAUUAAGAGUCGACACAGCCAAAGUUUAUCACCCUCGAACAUCGUACCGACGGUGUUUAAUCGAGGCUGCUCCAAGCCUGACGUCGUCACCGCACCUCCCCGAUACCAGAAGAAAUGCUCAGAACAGGUUCCGUAUGUGAAAGAGACGUUUGACGUUGACGAUAACGCUUUGAAAGCCACCGCUCGUGUGAUCAUACAAGACGUUGUGGAUAAGGAAAAGCAGUCAAUCCUGACAGAACAUCAAGAGAUGUGUGAUGAGGCUGAGUUUCAGAUUGCAGAAGCGAUUGACGAUGGGAGACUGGCAAUCAUCGAGAAGACAGACGAGUGCUGCGAUGAGAUUUGUCAGAAGAUUCAGGAAGCAUAUACAGGUUUUGCAAACGUCUUCUUAGCGGUCAAUCAUGAGCUGCGGAAAGAAUUGGUUUCUGCAUGGACCAAGCCCAGGAGAGAAAAUUAG